GUGAAUGUUGGAUGUGUACCCAAAAAGGUAAUGUGGAACACAGCUGUCCACUCUGAAUUCAUGCACGAUCAUGUUGAUUAUGGCUUUCAAAGUUGUGAGGGUAAAUUUAAUUGGAGUGUUAUAAAGGAAAAGCGGGAUGCCUAUGUGAGCCGCCUGAACACCAUCUAUCAGAACAAUCUAACCAAGUCCCAUAUAGAAAUCAUCCAUGGCCAUGCCGCGUUCACACGUGAUCCCACACCCACAGUGGAGGUCAAUGGGAAGAAAUACACGGCUCCUCACAUCCUGAUUGCCACAGGUGGUGUGCCCUCGCAUCCUCAUGACAGCCAGAUCCCUGGUGCCAGCCUAGGAAUAACCAGUGAUGGAUUUUUUCAGCUGGAAGAAUUGCCAAGCCGCAGUGUCAUUGUUGGUGCAGGUUACAUUGCUGUAGAGAUAGCUGGGAUCCUCUCAGCCCUGGGUUCUAAGACAUCAUUAAUUAUACGACAUGAUAAGGUACUUAGAAAUUUUGAUUCAAUCAUCAGUUCCAACUGCACUGAAGAGCUGGAGAAUGCGGGCAUAGAGGUCCUGAAACACUCCCAGGUCAAGGAAGUUAAAAAGACUUCAUUGGGCUUGGAAAUCUCUGUGGUUACUGCAGUUCCUGGUAGGAAACCCACCUUGACCAUGAUUCCAGAUGCUGACUGCCUGCUCUGGGCCAUUGGGCGGGACCCAAAUUCCAGGGGCCUGAAUUUAAACACACUGGGGAUUCAAACUGAUGACAAAGGUCAUAUCAUAGUAGAUGAAUUCCAGAACACCAACGUAAAGGGCGUCUAUGCAGUUGGCGAUGUGUGUGGGAAAGCUCUUCUCACACCAGUUGCAAUAGCUGCUGGCCGAAAACUUGCCCAUAGACUUUUUGAAUGCAAAGAAGAUUCCAAAUUAGACUAUGACAACAUCCCCACUGUGGUCUUCAGCCACCCUCCGAUUGGGACAGUGGGACUCACGGAAGAUGAGGCCAUUCAUAAAUAUGGAAAAGAAAAUGUGAAGACCUAUUCGACCACCUUUACUCCUAUGUAUCACGCAGUUACCAAAAGGAAAACAAAAUGUGUGAUGAAAAUGGUGUGUGCCAACAAAGAGGAGAAGGUGGUUGGGAUCCAUAUGCAGGGAAUUGGGUGUGAUGAAAUGCUGCAGGGUUUUGCUGUUGCAGUAAAAAUGGGAGCAACGAAGUCAGACUUUGACAACACGGUUGCCAUUCACCCUACCUCUUCAGAAGAACUGGUCACACUUCGUUGAAAAUCCAGACAGUUGUGUGGCUGGCACCUGGACCAGCAGAACUUCUGCAGUGAACCAAAUAAUCCUAUUUCCUUACUGUUCCAGUUUUAUGUGUUUUUUAAAUUUUAAUCAGGAUCUUCUGAUAGUGGAAAGUUUUAGUAAAUAAUAGAACUUAUGUCAUCAGAAAUUUGUUCUGUAAUCCAGGAUUGAUUUUUAUUUGAUCACGUGUCACAAUCAUUAAUAUGGUAAAAGUUUUUUAUUAACAGCUCUGUACUAGUUGUUUCUUUUUUAUGUUUCAGCCUCAUCCCAAGUAUAAAACUACAUGAAGUACAAUUAAGUUAAUGUACUUGAAUGCACAUAGCUGCUAAUUUUUAUAGAGGAAGAUGAUGGCAGCUCUUCAUACUUAAAUAAUGCAAGUGCACAGAAUCUUUGUAUUUUUUUUUUUUUUGAAGCCAGUACUGUGCUCUGCAUAUUGCAAAGCUGCUUCAAGAAUGUGACCUUUCUCUAAAAGCAUGUAACAUAACAGGCCUUGUUCCCUUAUUUUAUUCUUUCUUUUGUUUUAAAUGAUUAAAAAUCAUAUUUUUAUGAGAUGAAGUGCAUCAAAUUUGGGAAAGAUUUGAGAAGGUUGGUUCAAUAUGUGAGCGACAUUUUAGACGUGAUUCCUGCUUUCAGGAGGGAGAAUUGAAGACUUCUAAGUCCCUUCUCUCCUAAGAGUUCAUAGUUCAGUGAGUAAUUUCAAUAUUUGUAUGUGUUCUUAUUAUUUUAUUUUUUUCUGAAAACUAUUCCAAAAAUUUGAAAAUAAAAUCACAGCCCUUUCUUCUUAUAAAAUUUGAUAUUAUGAA